AAAAGAGCGCUUUUGGCGCGAAAACAGCUAAAUUCAAAUUUUCAAAAUAAAACUACAAGAUUAAGCCAUUUACCAACACCGGAACAGUUGCUUAUAAACCUGGAAUCAAUUUCAUCAGAGGAUUCAAUCAUGUCAACAAAUAUUCGAAAUGAUCAGAAAUCCCUUAAUUAUGUAUGGCAGAAUGUUCUAAAUGUAAUGCAUUAAUGAUCUAAGAUCUUUUAUUUAUCCAUAAAUUUAAUCUCACUUCCAAUGAAUAAGACAGGGAAAAAACGGGAAAAGGGUUACGUUGGAGAGUCUAUUUUGUCUUAUUUUAUCCGAGACACAAAAUACAAAGCUUCCGCCGAAACCUUGAACCCAUGUAAUAUACCUACAUCUCUCCCAGUAUCUAAAAGCAAUCCACUCGAAAAAACUCCUAGGAAGUGCCCUUUUUAUAAGUGGAUUCCAGAUACAUCAAUUACUGUUGAUGCUUUCUGUUAUGCUGAAAUUCCUGGAUGUACCUGUUACUUCCUUUCCCAUUUCCAUUUUGACCAUUUCAGGGGCAUCCACAAGAAUUUCAAAGGAGAUAUCUAUUGCAGCGAGGUAACAAAGAGUCUUUUAAGAGAUGCUUAUGGUUUGGGGCUGGUCAUUAAUGUGCUUGAGAUAGAGAAGAGUACAAAGAUUGGCAAUGUAGAAGUAACAGCUUUAGAUGCUAAUCAAUAUUGUUCAUCUCAGUAUGACUUUCCGAAUCAAGUGGAUGUUAUUCAUGGAGCACUGGAAGUUACACGUGAUUAUCUGAUAAAAGAUCCUACCAUUUUAGUUGUUUGUGGAAUGUACUCAAUCGGCAAGGAACGAUUUACUCUUGGUCUUGCCUCUGAACUGAACCUAAAAGUUUGGUUGCCAAACAAUCAAAAUCGUUUAAUCAAGCUAGCUGCACAAGGCGGUUGUAGUGUAUGCAAAGAACUGCUUCAAUAUGUCGUUGAUAGUUCUCAUAAAGCUCAACUUCAUGUUCUACCCAUGCAGCAAUUAAAUGUGACAGGCCUUGUUCAAUAUCAAAAGAAAUUGGGCAUUCGAUUACCAAUUGAUCCUUUUCACAACUCAUCAACUUCUAAGUUGCGGUCUAUUCUAGGUUGGCGCCCAACUGGUUGGUCUCAUAGACGGUCAAAUAAUGCUCAAUCAUCAAUAAAACCUUUAACUAACGGCAUUGUUUUGGAUCAGAAAAAGGGCGAUAUUCACAUAUAUGGUGCACCAUAUAGUGAACAUAGUAGUUUUCUGGAGUUAAAAGAAUUCAUUACACGUCUUCAUCCUGUACAAGUACAACCUACUGUUUUUGGUAAAUCGAUCACUGUGACGAAAGAUACAGUAAAUAGCUGGUUGAAAUGAAAAAACAAACGCCACUGUCAUGGAAAGACUAUUAGUUUAACUGGGAUAACGCAUUUGUACAGAAAUACUUUUCUUGAGUCUGCUAAAUAAAAUAUUGAUUUAUGGAAGAUACCAUUUUUCUUAUUAUUGGGAUAGUCUACAAAUCAAAUAUACACUAAGUAGUCUGUUUUCUAGUUAUUCGGCUGCUUUAACUGGACAAUUCGGAUUUCGGUAAGAAAGUAUAAUUCUGCAACUGACGAUAAGGUCGUUAAAUAUGAACAAUGAGAGUAAAAGUCAUAUAAAGUUUUCUAAGCAUCAUACGAUUGUUGCACCAUGAUUACUUAGUUUACAUGUAAGGUUUGAUAAUAAGUGGAUCGUAAUACCACUCCAUAAAAUUUGUGUUUUUCUCAACUGUACGGGUUUCAUGGCAGAAGUAUGCACGGUAAGGAACACAUGCUGUUGGUGAGUAAUGUCACGGAUUGAUUGGAUGUACACUCAAUAAAAAUUUUCUCAGUCAAUCAUAACUAAAUUAGAACUUGUUACAUUUGUUCUUCAUUUCAAUUCGGCCUACCGUAUAUGCACAGUAAAAUAAAAUUAUCAAGACAAAAGCCAGAGUGAUAGUGGUAGUAAUAUCAAUGGCAAUAGAACACAUUAGGCACUGACGAGAGAAUGGAUUUACGUAGAAAAAGUCUGAGAUAAUUUUCAAACUCAAGAUCUAAGGAACGACGAAGAAUGAAUGUAUCUAUGCCAUUGUUAAUGUUUAUGAACAAUGUCACUCAAAGCCUCUUGGCACUGAUCGAGGUUAUCUACCAGACCCCGACUAAGUACCCUGCAUCUCUAAUCAUACUUUCCAAUGGCUUUAUGAGCUGAUGCCAAGUUUUGGUUUGGCCGUCCUUAGCUUUCUAACGUACUGCUACGCCAGCCUUCAUUGCACAUCGAGGUAGACAGUGGUUGAGCAUGCGCAAUUCAUGUUUUCUACAUCUUCAACCGACUUGCUAUUUUUACCCGGUACCAUGCAUCUAACCUCAACAUUGCUCACUUGUUAGUCCCAAAAUACACGAACAAUGCUUCAAAGAUCUUUGUGAUCGAAUUCUAUUAACCUAUACAUAGCGUCUUUUCUAGCGGCCGUGUUUCGCAUUCGUACAGUAGAACAACGGACUGCUGUGUAGAAAACUCGUCUUUUGGUUGGUACAUGGACAUCUCGCCUCCACUACAAGUGAUGUUAGUUGACAAAGACCCACUAGGAUUUCUGAAUCCAUUCCAAUAUCUCAUGAGACACGAAUCCAUCAAGGAUGAUAACACUUCCAAGUUGUGUAGUGAUCGACGUGCCUGUUAUGUCCCGAUAAGAAUAAUGGAUGGUAAAUUUGGGAUCCAUUUAUGAACUAAUACUAUGCAUAUAUUUUUAUCAUAUGAUUGUUAAAUAACCAAACUCUUUAUAUUCAUGUCUCUAUUAUUAUGAGCUUUAUUUUGACUUAUGAACUAUUGUUAUACGAUUUAC